UUAACAAAACACGACGACUUUUUCUUUUUUUUUCAUUUCCCAAUGUUUAAAGAUUUAAUUUGUAGCAUUGGAUCUUGUGGUGAAUGCAAUUCAAAGGAUAUUGCUCUUGAAUAUCUCGAUGAAAAAGCCAAGGGAUUUUCAAUACAAUUUUGUAUUAAAUGUGCAACUUGUGAAUGGACGUACUUCUUUAAUUCAUCUCGAGCAUUUAGUAUACCUGAUAGAGAUACCAGAGGAGUAAAAUCUCAAGAAAUUAAUGUUAGAACUGUUAUGGCCUUUAGAGAAAUUGGGCAAGGUCACGAGGCAAUGAAAAUAUUUGCAUCUAUUUUGAAUAUGCCCCCACCAAUGAGUUUGUUCUCGUAUAAUGAAAUAAACUCUGACCUAUUAAAAUUUUAUGAAGCUGCUUCUUGUGAUAGCAUGAAGGAUGCUGUGACAGAGAUAAGAAAAAGAGAUUUUCCAAAUGCUGCUGAAAAUGAUAUUGUUGAUAUACAAAUUGGAAUUGACGGUUCAUGGCAGAAACGUGGUCAUUCAUCUCUAAAUGGUGUAUGCACUGCUGUUGCAAAAGCUAACCGUAAAGUUGUCGAUUACCAAGUAUUUUCAAAGUUUUGUCGUGGCUGUGCUUUGUGGCAAAGUAAGAGAAAUAAGAGCGGUUAUGGAAAGUUUUUGAAGACACAUGUUUGCGACCUUAACCACUUUAAAUCAUCAGGUGCCAUGGAAUCAGCAGGUGCUUUAUCAUUUUUUACGGAAUCAUUGGCAAAGUACAAUGUUCGCUAUUCUCAUUAUAUAGGAGAUGGAGAUACUGAAUCUUAUACAAAUGUUGUAAAGGCAAAGCCAUAUGGAGAAGAUCUUGUCCCAGUAAAAAUAGAGUGCGUCGGUCAUGUCCAAAAACGCCUAGGCACCCGGUUACGUCAAAUGCAAUGUGACUUAAAGGGUAAAAAGUUAGAAGAUGGGAAAAUUAUAUCAGGGAAAGGAAGGUUGACAGAUAAGAUCAUUAAUAAAAUGCAAAAUUUUUAUGGCAUGAGCAUUAGGCAAAAUACCUUAGAAGCAUGGAGUGGAGACCGUACUAUAGCCUUGUACAAUAUGAAAAAAUCUGUUUUGGCUGUAUUGUGCCAUUGCUCGAAUAUAAGCAACAGCGAAGAGAGACAUCAAUUUUGUCCACGUACAAAGGAAAGCUGGUGCAAGUAUUGGCAGAAUGACAAAAAUUAUAAACCAUCAAUUAAUUUGCCUCUUGCUAUUAAAAGUAUUCUUAAAGACACAUUCUUGGCACUACGGUCAGAUGAUUUGUUAUCAAGAUGCCUGGAUGGCGCAACACAAAAUCCAAAUGAGGCUUUCAACCAGAUAAUCUGGAAAAAGUGUCCAAAAAAUAUUUUUGUUACUAAAAAGCUCUUGCCUGGAAGUUUUAUGAUCCAAGGAUCGUGGAAGAAGGACGUAUCAAGAGUAAAGAACACGAUUAAAAAUUCAACUCCAAAGCAAAAAAGGGCUAGAAGGAAAAGGAGAUGUAUCAGGAAGGGUUAUAUUGAUAAGGAGAAAGAAAAAGAGGGAGUAGACUCUUAUAUUACAGGAAAUUUUUAAUUAAUAAAUUGUUUUUAAACUUUGAA